AUGGAUUUGCUAGCUACCGUCAGAAAGGAGGGGUCACGAGGCGGCCGUGGAGACUUCAAGUGGUCCGAUGUCGAAGCCUCUUCUCACCGCGAAAAUUAUCUCGGCCACUCACUGAUGGCCCCCGUCGGUCGCUGGCAGAAAGGCCGUGAUCUCACCUGGUACGCCAAAGCGGACGCUGACUCACAAGGCGAUGAAGAUGCUGCAGCAAAAGCUGCAAGAGAACGAAGAGAGGAGAUCCAGCGAGUCAAACAGGCCGAGGAGGAUGCUCUAGCCCGCGCUCUUGGGUUGCCAGUGCCUCAGCGGGACAAUCCAAACAUGGAUGAGCUAGGGGCUCGACGCGAGGUGGACAAUGCACUGCGCGAGGCUGGAGCGGGCGAGGAUAUGGCCUCUUCCAGGGGUGUUGGAUAUGGGCGAGUGGCAGGGGUCUCGGUUAUGGAUGAGGGGAAAUCCAGUACCACGGAACGCCUCGAAGGCACCGUCCCAAAUCAGGACAAGGAGCUUCACUAUGCGCUCAAGGAAUACAGACGCCACACAGAGACGGCCACCACAAAAGACAUCGCGACGAUCGCCAUCGACAUAGAGAGCACCAUUCCCGGUCCCCGCGGCGUAACAGAUCUGACCGUGUGA